UUACGCUGGAUUCUCAAAUGUGUAUGCAGAUUGCAAGCGCAUAGUGAAUUGGCAAGUGUGGGAUCAACUUCUACGGCAAUAAAUUAUACAGGGCCAAUGGAUGUUGCAAGACACAUCCUACGUUAUGAAGGAGGUGUGAGGGGUUUCUUCAAGGGUAUGUGCCCCACCAUGGCACGACAAGUACUGGGAAAUGCUGUUAUGUUUGGGGUAUACGAAGCAUUAAAGCAACAUUUUGCUGGAGGCAUGGAUAUUUCUGGGCUAGGAAGGGGUUCUCUUAUAGUAGCUGGAGGCUUGGCUGGUGGUUUAUCCUGGUUUGCAGUAAAUCCAGCAGAUGUUAUUAAAAGCGUAAUUCAAGUUGAUGAUUAUAGAAAUUCGAAAUACUCUGGCUUUUUCUAUGCUCUUAAAAAGAUUUUGGCAUUAGAAGGUGUCAAAGGACUAUACAAGGGGUUUGGACCUGCUAUAGCGUGUAGCGUUCCAGCAAAUGUAACUAUAUAUGUUAAAGGUAUAAGUUAA